AGGAGGGUAUUUCUUGGAACCAAACAGCGAUUUAUAUUGAAUCGAAUAAACACGAAGGAUAUUGCUUGUCUGUAAUGGCAACGGAAAGUGAGUCGGAAAAAGACGGGGAAAAAUGUCCCAUGUAAGAUGCCUUUGCUCUAAUGCGUCUAAGCAAGAUGGAAGGAAUUCGCUGGGCAUUUAGAUCCGAGGCAUGGAGACCAACCAAGCAGGAAUGGCUUCUAGCUCUCUCCUUAGUGCAAAAGGAGGAAAAAGAACGGGUGAUGAGAUUUGUCUUUAAGAAAGACGCCAAAUCAUCUUUGAUUGGUCGACUUUUAUUAAGAAAAGCAAUUGCACAGAUGUUAGCUGUACCCUACCAUGAUUUGCAGUUGGCUCGCACAGAGAAAGGAAAGCCAUUUCUGGUAAAUAAAAUCACAGAUGACAGACUGAAGAACUUUAGCUUUAAUGUAUCCCAUCAGGGGGAUUUCACUGUUCUUGCAGCAGAGCCGUGUUGUCAAGUUGGUGUUGAUGUCAUGAAGACAACUUAUCCAGGUGGAACAGAUGUGCAGGGAUUUUUUCACCUCAUGAGAAAGCAAUUCACCCCAAGAGAAUGGAGAACAGUCAAUUCUCAGCCCACAGAGUGGACCCAAUUACAGAUGUUCUACAGACACUGGUGCUUAAAAGAAAGCUAUGUUAAAGCAGUUGGUGUUGGCAUAGGGCAUGACCUGCAAGCAGUGGAAUUCAACUUACCAACUCGACUUUUAUCUACUGAGGAGAUUACUUGUGAUAGUCAGCUUUAUCUGAAGGGAUCAAUUUCCCAUGAUUGGAGCUUCCAAGAAACAAAACUGGAUGAAGAGCACCAAGUUGCGGUUGCUUUGGGUGCACUGGAUGCUAAUAUCUCCAAACAUCAGAACAGGAAAUCUGCACCAUCAUUUCAACAACUUAACUUCAAAGAAGUAAUAUGCACAGGGAUCCCAUGGCAGGAGUCAGAUGAAAAGGACUGGGAUGUAUACCUCCAGAAAAAGGAAACUUUUAAACAAUAGAACCCAACUGAGGGGGGGGGGGGAAGGGGUAUAUUACAGGGGUCCAUCAGACCUUAAAAAGUUAAUACCUCCCAAAAUAAC